AUGACCAUGAUAUCUAAGGGAGUGCGUUAUUUCAUAGGCUACUCAGCCAUUUCCGUGGCAGCAUUAGCCUGGUCCAUAUAUGAUUCAUUAACCACGUCAUACAACUUCAUCAUGUUCUUGAUUGAAAUCUCGGAUGGAAUUAAACUAGGAAUCACAAUCAAUUCCAUAAUAUUGGCGUUCAUAUUGACUAUAAAGCUACUACAGUUUAUAUUAUUUGGAUCAUUACGAAUAAUUGAAGUGGAGCACAUUUUUGAAAAGUUGCCCUUUUUCAUAAUUGGUACGUUUUUAAAUCUAGCUACGGGUGACAAUGACAUUAUUUUGAAUGUUCUUCUUAUGGGAUUGUCGAUUAUGUUCAAAUUCAUUCACAUUGUAAUGUUUGAUCGAUUGGACUUUUUGAACUUGAGGAUAGUCAAUAAAUUGUCAAGUGGUGAAACUGUCACUAUUGGUACUGUGGUUAGACAUUUUGCGGGACUGUCCAAUUUUUGGUUGAAUAUCAUCUGUGUUGUGCUUGAUUUCUUUAUUGCCAAGUUCUUGGUGUAUGAUGUGUUCCAAGGGAUCAAUUCCGUGACCUGUUUAUUGUUUGGUUUUCAAUUUGCUGUACAGGGUGUAGAGGCGUUGACUAAUUUUGCCAAAUUGAUGUUGGGAAUUUACGAACUUAUAUUUUAUAGAAUUGAACGAGGGAGCACGGUUAGAUCUGAAACAUCUAUCGAGACAGUUGAGCCAACCCAGGAAACAUCUGUUGAAACAGUUGAGCCAACAGAGGAAUCAACAGAGGAAUCAACAGAGGAACCAACAGAGGAACCAACAGAGGAACCAACAGAGGAACCCACAGAGGAGCCAAUUGAGCAACCAUUAGAUGAAGAUUUAUUUGAAGAUGAUGACGAUUUUGAACGGAUAUGGGAAAACAAGACUUACUACAGUAAGGGAAUAGAUAUUGGAUCUUCGAUUCUAACAGCAGUCUCAUACCUCGGGUUCAUAUACUUGUUGAUUUUCGAAUCGGGUCUUAAUUUACCUUUGUCAAUGAUACAAGGAACAUAUUCUGCUGUACGACAAGCAUAUGUCCAAAUAAACCAAUUGCGAGUAUUUAUUGAAUCUUCAAAGAGAUUAGACACCCAGUUAGCAAAUGCUACUACAGAAGAUUUGAAUGAGUCAGACAACUUGUGUAUCAUCUGUCGUGAAGAUAUGCAUUCAAUUGAAGACUACGAGAGAUUAUUCCACAAGCCUCAACCUUCAAGAAGAAGUCCUAAGAAAUUAUUAUGUGGUCAUAUCUUACAUAUGGGCUGUUUGAAGGAAUGGAUGGAAAGAUCAGAUAGUUGUCCAUUGUGUAGACGGAAAGUAUUUGGUGGUCAACCCAGUGUACCAACAACAACUCCACCACAAGUGCCAGUCCCACAACCUCAACCUGGUGCGGUCCCUAUCCCCCCUGUAGAAACUGGCACUGCAGCUGCAACUGCAACUGCAACUGCAACUGCAACAGCAACAGGAACUGGAACUACAACCCCAGUUGAAAACCAACAAGCACAACCCCAAAAUACAACUAACUUCUUUGCAAAUACCCAACCAACACCAACCCCAACUUCAACUGCAACAACAAGUCAUGUCCAUACCCCGAUAAUAAAUCACGAGGAAAUCACAGAUAGAUCAAACGAGGACGGCAUUCAUCACCAAAUUUUUCUUCCUUCCAAUGCAUUGUUACCACCAGACUGGAUUCUCCUCCCCUUGGAAAAGUCUGAUGGUGAUUGUGUAAAUUACAAGGUCAAGCUUUCCAAAUUUCAUACGGCAGAUUUAAAGGUUAAAACAAAAGAUCCAAAUAGAGAAAUUAUAGUUUAUGACAUUCCUCAAGAAUCGUCCUUAUAG